UUUUUUUCUCUUCUUUUUUUUUUUUUUUUUUUUAAUUUUAAUCAAAAGCUGCGUUCUCGAAAAUGCAAAUAAAUGAGACUAGUGGACUAAAGCCCAUGGGAGUUGCUUAACAUCUACAACCAGUUGUCCUGUUUAGUUGUAUUUUCAUGUCUCUGGUCUGCUGGAGCCCGCCUUCCUCACCCAAAGCCAGUUCUGCCCCAGCAGCCCGGCUCCUCCGUGCUGGGUCUGGGUCCCGUUGGCCGGAGAGGAGACAGCGGAGGAGCUGCUCUGCUGUCCUGUGGAGCACAGCAGCAGCUCCUGCAGCUUCUGGUCCCCAGCCUUGGCUGUAGGACCUGCUUAGGGAUGGAGAAAUGAAACCUGUCCGUGUGAGCUAUGGUUAUCCUGAGUGCAGAUACCCCCCUGCUAUUUUUACAGACAUUUGGCCUAGCAAAAGAAUGUGGUAACUUCUGUGGGAUCUCCGGACAAGGAGGCUGGAAUAAAGAAAGAUGCCAGCUUUGGAGCCAGGGAGGCCGAGGCAUUGUGCUGCUCUCCUUGGGUUAUUCCUCGCCGCUGCUCUCGUUGUGGCUGUCCAGGGUGCCUGCAAUGCUCCGCCACGUCUCCCAUCUGCAGAACCCAAAGAGAGAUACCGUGACACUGUCACGUUCGACUAUGGUUCAGUGGUGGAAUACAACUGUCGACCAGGUUACAUAAGAAAUGCUAAAGCCCCAAAUGGCUUUACUUGUGAGAGGAACAAUACAUGGACUGGAACAACAGAGAUCUGUAUACCAAAGCCAUGUGCCUUCCCUGGAGAGCCGGCCAACGGCAGACUUGUCAUAACAGAACAAUUCAGUUUUGGUUCAGCAGUAAGCUUCACCUGCAACACCGGGUACAGGCUGGUUGGAAGUCCUCAAAUUCGGUGUGUGAUUAAAAACGGGGUUGUUAUGUGGGACAGAGAUAUUCCCUACUGUGAGCCAAUACCAUGUCUGCCCCCUCCAGCAAUAGCUAACGGGGUGCACAGCGGAGUGAACAAAGAACUCUUUGAAUACGGGGAAUCUGUCACUUACCGGUGCCACACCGCCAGGAGGAACAAGAGACCUUUCUUGCUGGUGGGAGAUGCCUCUAUUUUCUGUACAACCACUGAUAACGUAAACGGUGUCUGGAACCAGCCGCCCCCGGAGUGCAAAGCAAUGGUUAACUGCGAGCAUCCGAGCGUGGAGAACGGGAAGCUGCUGAGCGGGUACCGGGUCGAGUACACCUACAGAGACACCGUCGUGUUCGACUGCAACUUCCGCUACACCAUCAACGGCAGCGACACCUCCACAUGCGACAAAAACGGCCUCUGGGACCCCCCGCUGCCGCGCUGUCAGCUCAGUAGCUGUGAUGACCCUCCAGACGUGCGCAACGCUGUGAAAGCAAAACUUGCUGGCAAUUUGUUUCCUGCGGAGACCAUCGUUACCUACGAGUGCAUGGAGGGCCACCAGUUCAGCUCGGGAGAAACCACGUGGCACAUCAAGUGUCUGCCAAAUUUUAUGUGGACCGAAACUCCGCCUCCUUGUGAAAGAAUUCGCUGCCCAAAUCCAGAUGUCAGGAAUGGGAAGCCCACAUACAUAUGGGAAGCUAAAGAUGAAUAUGUGUACAGAGACAGACUGGAGAUCACGUGCAACGAUGGCUAUGCCUUCAAAGGUCGUAAGAGUAACAUUGCACUCCUGUGUACAAGAGAUGGUAAAUGGGAUCCAGAGGCACUGGAGUGCACGCUGGAACCACAUUGCCCAAAGCCAGAUAUUAUUCAUGGAAGAGAGGUUUAUGAGGGCAGAACUGUCUACACAGCUGGGACGCAGCUGAGGCUGGUGUGUGAUCCAGGCUAUGUCCUCAGGGGCCAGGACUUGACUGAGUGUCAGGGUGGUGUGAGCUGGGUCCCCCCGUUACCGUUCUGUGAUAAAGUCUGUGGCCCCCCUCCGCAAAUCGCCAGUGGGAAGCACUCUGGUUUGGGACAGGAGCAGUUCCCCUACGGCGCAGAGGUGACGUACAGCUGCGUGGAGGGUCUGUCCCUCAUUGGGGACGCCUCCAUCUACUGCACCUCCGAUGACGGGGUGAACCUGGCCUGGAGCGGACCGGCCCCACAGUGCAGGGUGGUCCGGUGCCCCACGCCCGUGGUCGAGAGGGGAAGGAUGACUCCGCAGAGGUUUGUGUUUCCCUACGGGACGGCUGUGAGGUUCUCCUGUGAUGAAGGCUUGAAGUUGCGCGGUGAUGCUGAGAGCCGGUGCCUGGCCGAUGGUGCCUGGCACCCUCCCCUGCCCACUUGCCAGCCAGUUCAGUGUUCCCAACCCACAAGUGAGGACGGCCGAAUGAUUUACCCUCUCAAAAUGCGGUAUGAGGUGAAUGAAACUCUGUUGGUCCGCUGCAGUGGUCACAGCUACCAAUCCGUAACUUCUGCCUGCUCAGCCAGCGGCACUUGGAUCCCACCGCCGACGUGCAAAAAGCGUGAGGCAUGUGAGAAGAUUCCUCGAAUUAGGGAAGCUUUCCACUGUGGAGUUCCUCUGACAGAACUGAAAACUCUGCUGGAAGUCCAGAAACUGUACCUGGAGAUCCAGAAGCUGGAAAAUGAGCUAAAAGGCAGAGCAUACAGCUGACUGUCCCCACUGGUACCAUAAGAACCGUCCUCUUUGCAUGCUGAAUAAUCACACUGAGUGGGGAUUUUUUGUCUUUGUAAUUCAUGCUAGCACUUAAGUAGCCAGAACAAAAUUUACCAAUCAGUCCAAGGAACGGGAUCUGGUCAUAUGAGGAGCCAGAAGGUGACUUCUGGCUCAUUCCAUUAGAGCUCGCUGGGUUAGGUUUGUACAUCACUCUCUACAUUUUAAAGCUUUACGUUCAGAUAUGUUUGUUAUACUGACAAGGGUGCAGUUAGGAAGGAACGGAGUGGAAAGUAGAUCUUGGUCAGAGCCGAGCAGAUGCUGUCCAGACAGGCAUGAACAUGGUAAGAGCCACCAACCCGCGCUCACCCCACAACUGCUGCACCUCUCCCGCUGCAACCCAGUAUAGCCCAGUGCUACUCUGGCCGUAUAUGUUGCAUUCAUUAUAAUUAGGCACUUCACUGCCUAAUUAGCUGUGACCGUCAGAGCAGGCACAAUGAAGAAAACUCCAAAGGCUGUCUCCUAGCAAAGCAAAAAUACCAGGUUUUCCUCCCAAGCGGGACAGAUGAAUCUGAGGCCACGGCAGCGCCACUCGCCGCACCUUUGUGCGUGCACCAAGAGCAGUUGGUGGAAAUAAAAGUGUAAAGAAAGAGAAACAGCUGAAAUUUUUGUCUGCAACAGCCAGUAA